AUGGCCUCAACAGCACUAUCCGAACCCGUAGAGGUACCAGAAACUACACAAGAAAACACAGAGAUUGCAACAGAACAACUGGAAGAACUUUCAAAUACACAGACCGCUCUCGUGCAGACCUCAUCUACAGAUCCAGAGAAUGCCCUCGUUCCUACCACCACGACCGAAGGCGAAGUCGCUCAGAAGAAGACGAAGAAGAUAAUAAGACGGAAAAAGAGACCGGCUAGACCGCAGGUUGAUCCGUCGACAAUCAAGUCGGAGCCUCCGCCACAGACGGGAACGAUAUUUAACAUUUGGUAUAAUAAAUGGUCCGGUGGUGAUCGCGAAGAUAAAUACUUGUCCAAGACCGCUGCAGCUGGUCGAUGCAAUGUUGCGAAGGAUAGUGGUUAUACUCGCGCCGACAAAGUGGCGGGUUCAUACUUUUGUCUAUUCUUUGCGAGGGGUAUCUGCCCCAAAGGCCAAGAAUGCGAAUACCUCCAUCGCCUCCCCACAAUCCACGACAUCUUCAACCCCAACGUCGACUGUUUCGGUCGCGACAAAUUCAGCGAUUACAGAGAUGACAUGGGCGGCGUUGGAUCGUUUAUGCGACAAAACAGGACGCUUUACAUUGGUCGUAUUCAUGUCAGCGAUGAUAUUGAGGAGAUUAUUGCGAGGCAUUUUCAGGAAUGGGGUCAGAUAGAGCGUGUGCGUGUUUUGACGUCGAGGGGUGUUGCGUUCGUUACGUAUUCGAAUGAGGCAAAUGCUCAAUUCGCAAAAGAAGCCAUGGCACAUCAGAGCCUGGAUCAUAAUGAAAUCCUAAACGUCCGUUGGGCAACAGUUGAUCCAAACCCCCUAGCCCAAAAACGGGAAGCCCAUCGCCUCGAAGAACAAGCCGCGGAGGCCAUCCGAAGGGCUCUCCCAGCCGAGUUUGUCGCAGAACUUGAAGGUCGUGAUCCCGAAGCUAGAAAAAGAAAGAAGAUCGAAGGCAGUUUUGGUCUAGAUGGUUACGAGCCUUCAGAUGAAAUAUGGUAUGCUCGGACGAAGGAGAUCGAAAACUCGGAGGAAACUGCUCUCCAAUUAGAGUCUUCUGAACAACCUCGUCUUAUUGAGAAUACGCAGGCAUCAGCUCAAGACUUCACUUCUACGACUGGUGGCCAGCAGCAAGAGUCUGGUGGUAUAUUGUCUAGCUCGACUUUGGCUGCUCUCAAAGGGUUUGCGCCGGUAGCACAACCUACUGCAGCCAGUUCCGGUGGGCCGUUGGUUGCUUAUGGCAGUGAUGAUGAUAGCGAUUGA